AUGCACGUGGCACUUGACUCGUGUCUGUUUCCAGUGUGCGCGGCGCACGGAAAAUCGGUAGUUACGGUAGAAGGCGUCGGCAACACGGACAAGGGGCUGCAUAUCGUACAGCGGCGUCUGCUUGAGAAUCACGGCCUUCAAUGCGGGUUCUGCACCCCGGGUUUCGUCAUGUCGGCGUUCACGCUGCUACGGAACUUCCCGGCACCGUCCCGUCGACAAGUGGAGAGAGCCAUUGAAGGAAACUUGUGCCGGUGUACCGGUUACCGGCCCAUCAUUGAGGCAUUAUCGUCCUUCUCACCGGAAGUAUGUCCAAUGGGGAGUCAGUGCUGCCGGAACCGCGACCGAAUAGAGACGACUCCAAGCGUUGAAAAAAGGUUGAUUCCCGAGAAGGAGGACCAAGUUCCGAUAUUUCCACCAGAGCUGCAGUUGUCGGAUGCGUACCGCUCGAACCAAGCGGUGUUUGGGAACGGCAAGAUCACGUGGUACCGGCCAGUGAAUGUCCAUCAGCUGCUGCAGCUCCGUGACUCCUUCCCGUACGCCCUUCUCGUUAUGGGAAACACGGCUACAGCGUUCGCCAUUAAGAAGCACGAUUUUGAAGGCCCCCUGAUAUACGGAGGUGAUGUCGCCGACUUGAAGCGUUGUGAGGUCAGUGACAGCGGCGUCACCGUGGGAAGCGGCUGUACCAUCAAUGAGCUCGAGGAACAACUUCCAAUACUGGAGGCAAAGAUUGACGAAGAAUGGAAAAAGAGACAUAUCAAGGCACUCUAUGAGAUGUUGUCGAAUUAUGCAGUGCAGCAAAUAAGAAACUGUGCCACGGUCGGUGGAAGUUUGUUAUGUGGCAGGAACGACUCGGACAUUUCCACGCUGUUACACACACUGUCAACUGUUGUCACCAUAGCUUCCGUUGGCGGUGAAAGAACUGCGGCCAUUCAGAACAUGAAACUAGAGAAGGGAGAAAUCAUAACUAAAGUCUUCAUUCCACAUAGUGAACGGCACGAGUACAGUUGGUACUGGAAAGUUGCAGAGCGACGAUCUUUUUCCUUCGCGAUCGUGAACGGAGCAGCAGCUGCUACCAUUGGAGAGGACAACACUCUUACAUGCCUAAGGAUGUGUUUUGGUGGAAUCGCAAAAGCAAAGGUUUUCUCCGUAGAUCUUUCUUCUUUUAAUACAAGGAAAUGGAACGACGAUCUACUGCAUGGGGUUCUUGAACGGCUCACGGUGGCCCUGGAAGCCGUCUUCGACAACCAACCGGACAAAUAUCGCGUGGCUUUGGCGUCCUCUUUCUGGUUCAAGUUUUACGCAAAGGUCACAACUGACCUGCAGAUUGCCACAGACAACGACUACCAGAGCCUUUUGACGCCCCUGUAUAACCAGGAAGGCUAUCACAGCAGGCAGACACACGAACAGACUUCCACUGACGCCGUGGGUCGCGAAGCACGUAUCAAACACGGUGACGUCGCUGUCUGUGGCCAGGCAGUAUUCGCAGAUGAUAUUCCAGAGGGAAAAGGUGAACUGUUUGUUGCUCUGGUAUUGAGCACGAAGGCUCAUGCCAAGAUUCUCAAUGUGGAUACUUCCGGUGCGAUGAUGAUGGAGGGCGUGCGGGCGUAUCUGGACCACAGGGACCAAGCGACACCGGGAGGCUAUGGGCCUAUUGUGAAGGACCUGCUUGUAUUCGCCACAGAUAAGGUUCAGUUUUGGGGCCAACCGUUGGGAGCCGUGGUUGCCGAAAGCCGGGAGAUGGCGGUCAGAGCGGCCGCCAAGGUCACAGUGCUCUAUGAAGACCUGGAACCAAUCAUCACUGUACAGGACGCCAUAAAGAAAGAGAGCUAUAUUGGGCAGCCGAUGGAGAUGGUAGAAGGUGACGUUGUCGCAGCCCUUGCCAAAAGUGACAUUGUGUUUCAGGGAGAGUACGCCACGGGGCUUCAGGACCAUAUGUACUUGGAGACACAUGUGGCUGUGGCUCGAGUCCAGGAGGGCGGAGAGGUAGAGGUAACUGCAACCGGUCAGAGCCUUCGACACCAUCAGGAGGCCAUCGCUGACCUGCUGUCCAUACCUAGACACAAGGUCACCGUAAAGUCUAAACGGAUUGGUGGCGGAUUUGGCGGGAAGGAGGUUUUUUCACCUGGAAUUUCAGUCAUUGCCGCCCUUGCAGCAAAAAAGACAGGACGAGUGGCCCGCUGCGUGCUGCCGAGGGACGUUGACAUGAAGGUCAACGGGAAAAGGCAUCCAUUCCUAGGGGUAUAUAAGGUUGGUGUGUCUAAUGACGGGACGCUGGAGGCCAUUGACGUCCAGCUGUACAGUAACGGCGGAUAUGCGUCCGACCUCUCCAUCCCGAUCAUUGAGAACGCGGUGACGUCAUUUGAGUCCGGCUACAAGGUGCGUGCUCUGCGAGUGGUUGGGCGUGCAUGUAGGACCAACACAGCCUCCAACACCGCCUUCCGGGGGUUUGGCCAUCCGCAGGGCGUCCUUGUUAUGGAGGACAUCGUUUCGAGGGUCGCAGCUUUAACCGGUCUCACGGCGGAAGUGAUUCGGGAACGAAACCUGUACAAGGACGGAGACGUGACGCCGUGUGGGACGCUCAUGAAGAACGUCACGUUAACGUCACUCUGGCGUCAAUGCCACCAGGGCAGCCAGUAUGAACAAAGGCUCAAGAAAGUUGAAGAGUUCAACAAGCAAAACAAAUGGAAGAAGCGGGGGAUCGCCAUGACUGCGUCCAAAUACGGCGUCGGGCACGGCAUUCAAUUCUUCAAUCAGGGUGCGGCUCUGGUGAAUAUUUACCUUGAUGGAAGCGUUUUGGUGGAGCACGGAGGAAUCGAAAUGGGACAGGGCCUGAAUACGAAAUGCAUACAGGUCGCCUCUCGUGCACUUGGUAUCCCGGAAGAGAAGAUCUACACGUGGGAGACGUCAACCCGCGAGGUCCCAAACACCAUGGCAACUGUUGGAAGCAUGGGUUUUGACCUCUACGGACCUGCCGUGAAGAUCGCUUGUGAGACCCUGAUCGAACGGUUGAAGCCGGUACGUGAGACGAUGACGGACGCUCCGUGGGAGAAACUGAUACAAGCAGCCUUUGUGAAGAGGGUGCCAUUAUCAGCUACCGGAUUUAACAUGGUUGACAAAAAAGAGAGCUUCAACAUAACAAGGAAGACCGGAAACAAGCAGGACUAUUUUACGUACGGGACCGCUUGUACCGAGGUUGAAAUAGACGUCCUCACAGGAGAAAACCAGGUGGUUCGUAGCGACAUAUUCGUAGACCUGGGAACAAGCGUAAAUCCCGCCGUGGACAUCGGGCAGAUAGAAGGCGCUUUUGUGCAGGGUAUUGGUAUGGUAACAAGUGAGGACAUGCGUGUUAAUGUGGACGGGAAGAAUAUGCAUUGUGGCCAACUUCUCUACAAGAUCCCUAGCGUCACAAGUACGCCUCGGACAUUCAAUGUCACCCUCAUGAAAAACCCAGAUAUCAAGACUACUAUCUACUCAUCCAAGAGUGUUGGAGAGCCUCCAUUGAUCCUAUCCAUGUCGGUGAUCGCUGCAAUUAAGCACGCGGUUGAAGCUGCGCGCGCACAAAAUGGUCAAGUUGGCUAUUUCCGGAUGGAUUCCCCUUCCACUGUGCAGCGAAUAGCGGAACUUUGUGGGGAGCAGAUUAGAUAAAAUGUUUAAAGUUACGAAAUUUUAUUUUAAACAGCUCGUUGUUAGUAUGAAUGUUAAUGCACACCGUGAUAAACUGACAGUAUAAACGAUUUCCCCAUGCUUAAUAUCAUGUAAAAUAAUUAAGCAUGAUAUUAACUGUGAUUAUAUGUUUUUAUCUAGCAAAUCAAAGCAAUGAUAAACUGAAUAUGAGCAUACCUCCUCAUUGUC